UAACAGAAAACACUAAUAUAUAUUAAUCUCAUUUCUCAUGCAUUGUGUUGCCAAUUCAGCAUCAGUGCACCCAGCUACCGGUCCUGCCAAUAGCUCUUUCCUACAAGUCGUAAGCUGAUUAAAUUAUAAGUGCAGUACCAUAAUUGAUAACAUACAUACACGGAUGCUUAAUGCAUGCGUUUGUGCAACUGAUUUCCCUUAUUUGUCGUUGCACCUCCUUCCCACUUGUCUUUUUAUCUAUUUCUUCUCCUCUUCCAUAUCUAUUCAUACCAAUUUGUUAAAGAAACGAAAAAACCAUAAAGGAGUACUCCUUAUGUUUUUUAUUCACGAAAGAUUCUCGAGGUUUUGCUUUUCAUAAUCUUUUCUACACCUAGUGCCUAGGUGGUUGCCUUUAUCUUUUAAUAUGGAGUAAAUAACUACGGAAAGACGGCAACUUUACUGUUUGAUUGCAACGUCCUCUCUGUAGAUUCUAUUCAUCUUCACAUGCGCUUUCUGUGUAAAAUUUGCUGAGGAUAGAAUUUGCUUCUGUGGAAUAUCGCAAUUUCAAGAAGAGAUUGGGGAGAUGGGGCUAUUGGAUCUCUUCAUCGCUGCAUCAAUGCCUGUGCUCAAAGUUCUUUUGGUUACGGGACUUGGAUUACUACUUGCUCUCGAUCGCAUUGACUUGUUGGGAGAGGAUGCAAGAAAGCAUUUGAAUAAUAUUGUAUUUUUUGUAUUCAAUCCAGCCCUUGUCUCCAGCAACUUAGCCAAAACAAUCACAUAUGAAAGCCUGAAAAAAGUGUGGUUCAUGCCUUUCAAUAUCCUCUUCACUUUUAUUAUUGGUUCGAUUCUUGGUUGGGCAGUCAUUCAAAUUACAAGGCCUCCCAAAGAUCUACGUGGACUAGUCAUUGGCUGUUGUGCUGCAGGAAACUUGGGCAACAUGCUUCUCAUUAUCAUUCCAGCCGUUUGUAAAGAGAAAGGGAGCCCUUUUGGGGAUCCUGGUGUUUGUCACACGUAUGGAAUGGGCUAUGCUUCACUUUCGAUGGCAGUAGGGGCGAUUUAUCUAUGGUCUUAUGUUUAUAAUAUCGUGAGAAUAUCUUCAAGCAAGGGCUCAAAGGAAGUUGAGAUUAAUGAUUCCUCCGCCAGUAGAUCUUCGAGAGAUGGCUCUAUAUCACAACUUGGGACAUCAUCAGAAUCACUACUUCCAUCGAAGGCCUUCCAUGGAUCCGAGCCACCAGAACAACUUGGGCUUCCUUCCACUAGAUUUAAUCACAAAAAUCAGGAACACCUUUGGACUAAACUAAAGCAGUACAUGGAAACUCUUUCAAGGAAGAUCAACCUGAAGAGUUUAUUGGCCCCUUCUACCACUGGAGCGAUUGCAGGUUUUAUAGUUGGACUUAUACCUCAGAUAAGGAAGUUGAUGAUUGGUGAGGUAGCUCCUCUACGUGUGAUCGAAAGUUCAGCUAUUUUACUUGGGGAUGGAGCCAUCCCACUUCUAACACUAAUCAUGGGAGGUAACCUUUUGAAGGGUUUGACGGGCUCAGGGAUUCAGAAAUCGCUACUUGUUGGCAUUAUUGUUGUCAGAUAUAUUGCCCUACCCCUGAUUGGUAUCAUUGUAGUCAAAGGAGCUAUCCACUUGGGUUUGGUGCAACAUGAUCCGUUAUAUCAAUUUGUGCUUUUACUUCAAUUUGCACUUCCACCAGCAAUGAACAUUGGUACCAUAACACAGUUAUUUGGAGCUGGUGAGAGUGAGUGUUCAGUGAUUAUGUUUUGGGCUUAUGCAUUGGCUUCAAUAUCGCUUACUCUGUGGACAACGUUCUUCAUGUGGCUUGUAGCUUGACUUCAUAUUUUUAAUCAGACGUAAAAGCUGACAUGUGCAGUGUUCUAUUUUGCUAAAA